GACAACGGCGGCGGCUCCGACAACGGGAUAGAUGGCGGCUCCAGCCUGCCAGACAAUAAUGCUCCGUGUGGCUAUUGGGCACGGCAGGACACCUUUGGCCUGCCUGGACUCUACUACAAUGGCACCUUGACAAUUCGACACAACAUGACCCAUAACACCGCAUGGGACGACGAGAACAAGGACCUUGUGACCAGCGAAUGCGACAACGACGAUAGGUCGCCCAAAUCAUACGAGUAUCCGGCCAUGAUCCUGAUUGCCCCAACAGGCAAUGAGUCGGAUACCAACCCCAUGCACUGGGUCCUGAGAGGGUUUCAGCCCUCCCAUCAGCAGCCGUACCGGCAGGAUGAUAUCGAUUUCCUGCAACGUUGGGUGUACGUUCGAUCGAGCGACUUUGUUGUGACCAACAAGACGUACUUGUAUGACACGCCUUACCGGCCCUUCUUCGCUGAUCACCUUGAAGAAACCGGCGCCACCAAGUACGACCAAACCACUCGAGUCUACUGGAAAACCACAGUGGCGUCGGAUGAUGGCGGGACAUUUUCGGCGCAAGCAGUGUAUACCGAGAUGCCACCGCUGCUCGACGUCGACAAUCCAGCUUAUAGGAAUAGCCCGGACUGGAGGGCUGGCCUCAGGACCAGUCAGUACAUUACGCUCAGCGACGUGUGCAAAUACAACCAAAAGUUACUAGACGACUGGUAUGAUGAGGACGACAUCGAGGCGAUACACGACGCUGCUGGACAGGCGAUACGGAGACAGGAAAAUGACAUAUGGGAGGCGACAGAGCCCACCGUGUGGCUCGAGAAGGGGGCGACCGUCGAGAUGGAGGACAUUGGCGCCGAGAAGAUGCGGUGGACACUUCAGGCCACACUGGACAAGGCUGUGCCGUGGAAAGGAGCACGAAAGGGAGGGGUCUGCUCGGACACGACACCCUUUGAGUUUUCGGAUUUUGUGCCCUUUACAUCGAGGAACAACGAUGAGAACUCGUCUGUCGAAGCGUCUGUUCCUUGGAACAUUACACUGGAUGUAAGCUUGUUAUUUGAGGGGUUGUUGAUCAAAGCCAACAGUACCACCCUGGACGGAGAGGAAGAUGGGAAAUUGCUGUUCGGUAUGAACAGUUCAUGGAGCAGGAAAACGAAGAUAACGAAGACAGUGCAGCAUCCUUUCAAUCCGCGAUUUGGGGAUGUCUUCUGUGCGCUGUAG